GCAUCCAAUAUAUGUCAUAUACUUCAUCCCCUGAUGUUAAUCUGAAAAAAAUGGAAACUAUAUUAAGAAUGGAGAAUGGUUUUUGGGGAGCUCAUGUAUGAAAGACAUCUUUGCUCGGCUGCUAUUCUCAUCAUUUCAAUUACCCCAUAGUUUUGCAUUUCAUGUCUUACUUCUGAUACGGGUUUUUAAAAUCACCCAGAUAUAAUUUUUAAGUAAGUGAAAUAAAUUCAAGAACAAUAAUCUCAAGUACGCAACAACAAUGUGGAGAUCAGGGCUGCUGAAACCCCUAAAGAAUGCUGCUUCGUGUAAUCUAUUCUUUCAAAUUCAGAGAGGCCUGCACAGCAGAAACAAGAAAGCCAAGGAAUACAUUGGCAAAGGAUGGAGUGCUAUCCAGGAAGUUGACAGGGUGAUUCCAUACACAGAACCUGACGAUGAACUUUUAAUACCAUUGCUUAAAAGUGCUAAGCAGAAUUUUGAAUUGGCAUUGGAAGUUGACAACCUGAACACUCAGGCAAGGCUGUGGUUAGCACGGCUGCAUUUGAAGUAUUGUGUCCCUGGUGCCUGCAAAGCUGUCGGUGCUGGACUACUUGUUGAAGCAGCUGACAUGGGGAAUGCAGAUGCACAGUACGAGCUUUUUUGUCAACUGCGAACAGGGGAGAGCUCUAUAACUAAAGACAGACAGGCCGUCUACUACUUGGAUAAAGCUAUCAAUCAGUUACAGCCAGAUGCUUUAUUUGUACUUGGUGCUAUGCAUUUAGGUGGAGACUGUGUGAAAAAGGAUCUAGAAUUAGCUGCAUGGUGUUUCCAGAAAGCUACUCAGAAGGAGGUAAGGAAAGAGAUCAAAAGGAUCAGGUUGGAAGAAGAUUGGAGUGAGUAUCUUAAGGAGAAGUCAUACAAUCGCUCCAAGGCAAACAAGCAAGGAUGGGAGGACUCAACUACAUCAAUAAUUCUCAUCACCACUACUUUGAGCAAGCUAGAGAAUGUUGAGUAUCAAGAGAUAUCUCUUGAUAUCCCUUCAUGAUGAUGAAUCAAAUCAAGACUAUGAAGUGCAAGAUAAAGGUGGAAUCCUAGUCAUCGUCCCAGUCACUACCUCCACUAAUCAAAAAGGUUCCACUUCAACACGUCCAAGUUCAAUGAAUCAAGCUCAUAUAUGAAGGCGCAAACUCCAAUAUACCUACCUUUGAUAUCUAUUGGUCCACGUUCAUUGAAUGUGAUUUUCUGAUUGGUUGAGAGUUUGUUGUAACAAACCCUAAUUAGGUUUUCAUUGUAAAAUCUUGGCCAUUGAUGGAGAAUCAAUCUUGGCCGUUCAUUGUAAAUGAGCUCUCUAUAUAAAGCUCAAACUCUUAAUUUGUAAAGGUUAAUGGUUAAUACUUGGCUAGUACGGAAUAGAGUAGUGAAUAGAGGGAAUAGAGUAGCAAUUAGAAUAGAAGUUAGAUUAGCAGAAGGCAAAGAUUGUUGUUAAACCUUGUUGUAAAGAACAAUUGAUUUCAUUGAAGUUAUGGUGAAUUUGAUUUGUUGU